AUGGAAUUCAGGAUUAACGAUCUUGAAGAAAUCAUUCAAAGAUUAAAAAAUGAAAAAAACAUUAAUGACACUCAAAUUUCAAAUAAAAAUCAAUCUGAUAAUAAUGAUGAUAAUGUUUUUGAUAAUAAAGUAAUUAAAGAAAAUUCGAAAAAGAAUCCUCAAACAAAUAUAAAAUGGAUUUAA